AUGGAAUUGCCUGGCACUGCCGCGGAGAAAGGUUACUUCGGACUAUGGAGACAAUGCAAGCAUCUUCUUUACGGACGAGAAUGGUGCGGCCAAAAUGCCUCCAGGUUUCAACCAGUCUUGGCUGUGUGGAUGGCGGGAUUAGCUGCCGCUGCCGCCUCUGCCUUUUUGGCGAUUCUGGUCGCUCUGGCUGUGCUUCAAUUAGCCAUGGCCUCUUCCGCGAAACGGGUUGUAAUUUCGUACAGUACUGCCCUAAUAGGCAAAGUUGCCCUCGCUACAUUGGCAACGGCGUUGUCGAUUGUGGCGGCGAGCCUCUUCGCUUUGCAAACGGAUGAUCGAGCUAAUAGCUUCGUCAUCACGAGAGGAGAGGCCUUUUAUAUGCAGUUGGCUGCCAUCGCUCUGAACUUCGGCGUACUGGUGUCCGCCGUUUACGAGGGCAUUUACGCCCGAAGAGGCGGCGACCCGACCAAGAUUAGGGUCGUCGCGGAUCCUCGUGGAGGUACUAUAAAUAAUCCAGGAUAUCGGGAAUAUCACCAACCAACGAACGGUGGUUCGAUCUCGAUGACAGACGCGAGUGGCAAGCCGUACGUCGGCGGGGCGGGAAACGGAUCGACGGCGUCGGUGGCGACUUCCGGGAGCGCGGCCAGCACGGCCUCGCCUCUCAGGAGCUCGCUGAAGAAGCCGAAACCCCUUGGUAUCCAUAAUCCUGGCUUUUCCGCGCAUAGCCCGACCCUAUCCAGGAACGGUUCGCAAAAGAAAGUGCGUAUACAGACGCACUCGACGGAAGUUUAGCCGACGCCUUUCUCUCUCCUGUCACGUUAUUGACGCGAGAGCUUGCUACGUAGUAGUCACAAGUGUCGAUCGCUUAAGGACGCUGUGACAGGAAAUCAGAUGACGGCGACGAGACUACGAGUCUACUAGAAAUAGUUUCACGAGGUACGUUUCAUUAACGGUAGGUGAUCUCCGAUAUUAAUGUCGUUCAUUUUCGUGCAAUUAAGAACGAAAUCGAAGUUUGCGUCUAACUGCUUCGUCAUAGUCGGUGACAUCGUCCGAUGAUUUCAAUAUCAUGGACUUUUAAUUAAUUCCGAAGAAGAAAAUUGAAUCACGUUCGCGAGAAAUUUAUCGUUACUACGGUGGAAUGUAAAUAGGCUGAUAAACGCGAUCGAUAAUCGCCAGAGCUCUCCGAAGCUACCUGAAUUAAAUAUUAAGCGAAUCCACACAAACACGAGAUUGAUGGUAAAUCGUUAAGUAUUACGUGACUUUACACUUUUCUACUAUAUCAAUAAAUAAUCUUUAUUCGAUAUAAAUCGAUUAAUGGAAUAUGGAUAGUGAACUAUAAGAGUACUAG